AUGGCCUUUCCCAUCCCGUCCCCGAAGAUCACCAAUGGCGGAAGCGGAAAUUUUCCCUGGCACAGGGACAACCUUCCCAAGCAACUGUUCAUCAAAAACGAGUAUGUCGCCUCGAAAAACAGCAAGAAGCUGGAGGUUUUCAACCCAAAGGACGAAUCCGCUGUUGCCAACGACGUCGCGUUGGGCGGACAAGAGGACGUUGAUGCCGCAGUGGCUGCAGCAGAAGAUGCCUUCCCCAAGUGGAAGAAGACGCCCCCAAACGUGAGGCGAGAUAUCAUGCUGAAAUUUGCCAACUUACUCGAGCAGAACAGCAAGGCCCUGGCAGACCUGACACGGGUCACACUUGGAGCUCCCUGGGGCUCGAUGGGCUCGAUGGAGAUGAACCUUGCCUGCGAGAGCUUCAAGUACUUUGCGGGCUGGACCGAUAAAUUCCCCGGCGAGACUUAUCCUCAAGAAGAUGGCUUCUUGAAGAUCGUCCGUAAUGAGCCACUGGGCGUCUGUUGCGGGAUCGUCCCCUGGAACGGCCCUGUCGCCAAUAUUGGCAUGAAGGCAGGUCCUGCACUUGCGACUGGUAACUGCUUCAUCCUAAAGCCGUCAGAGAAGACGCCCUUCGCUGCGCUGGCUUUAGGUACGCUUAUCAAGGAGGCUGGGUUCCCUCCUGGUGUGUUCCAAAUCGUGUCGGGCGACGGAAGCACAGGAGCCAUUUUUGCCGGUCACAUGAAGGUCCGCAAGGUUAGCUUCACAGGAUCCACAGCCACUGGGCGCAAGAUCCAAGAGAUGGCCGCAAAGAGCAACCUCAAGCGGGUGACGCUCGAACUUGGCGGGAAAUCCCCUGCGGUAGUGUUCAAGGAUUGCAAUCUCGAAAAUGCCAUCACUUGGUGCGCCAACGCAAUUACGGCGAACACGGGCCAGAUCUGCUUUGCUGCCAGUCGAGUCUAUGUUGAGGCUCCCAUCUACGACGAGUUCAUUGCCGGGUACAAGAAGGCGAUCGAAGAGAAGAUCAAGGGCGUCGGCGACCCGGAUGCUGAAGAGACCUCCAUCGGCCCGUUGGUUGACAAGACCCAGUUCGAGAGAGUCCGAGGCUUCAUUGAGCGUGGUCAGCAAGGACAGGGAACUUUGCUGGUUGGCGGAGGCCGUGUCGGCGACAAGGGAUACUACGUCCAGCCAACCGUGUUCGAGGGCGUGUCGCAAGACGCCGAGAUCUGUAGACAAGAGAUUUUUGGGCCCGUGUCGGUGGUCAACAAGUUCGAGACCGAGGAGGAGAUCAUCGACAAGGCCAAUGACACCAACUUCGGGCUGAUGGCUGGUAUUUUCAGCCAGGACAUCAACCGAUGUUUGAGGGUUGCGGCCGAGAUCGACAGCGGCAUGGUGGGCAUCAACUGCAUCAGCCUCUGUUUCCUGACGGCGCCUUUCGGCGGCAGCAAGGAGAGCGGCCAGGGUCGGGAGAAUGCCAUCAACGCGCUGAGAAUGUUCACGGAACCGAAGACUGUCAUGGUUAACUUGACGUAUUGA